CAGGUCUGUCACCUGACGGUCAUUACUGAACGGUUUGUUUUCACUCAGCGUCUCACAGUUUGAUUUCACCUCGUCUGUUCCCUGUGAGGCCUGGCUGAAAUGACCACCUGCAUCACUGAGGAUGUCUCCAUAACGUCAGCUGGACUGUCGGAUGUAACCAGUUCAUCUUCCAUUUCUGAUAGAGUCUGUGUACACUGGGGAUGUGAGCUCAGUUCUGCUCAGACUACAGUUGUAUUUAAGGCUGAGGAUGAUCUACUGGAGAAUCAAUUCUUUAUCAAAACGAUAUGCCUUAGUGCAGAGGCAGGCAAAGAAAUGCAUGUAGUCGCUGUAUCUGAUGGUGUUGGAGACUCCAAGCCUGUCCCGAUUGCUACCUUAAGUCACUGUAUGCCCAUGGUCAGUUUCCCAGCCUUGGAGCUUAUUCCACCUGUUACCUUCAGUCUGUGUGCAGGAAAAGGGCCGAUAUUCAUCUCAGGUCAACAUAUCACAUUAAAUCCCACUGAAAUAACUGAGGAUGAGGAUGGAGAAGGCUUGGAGGAUGAAGAUUUAGCAGACUGAAUUAAAUGUGGAUAAAUCCGACAGGUUCCAAGAUGAUAAAUGCUGUAUCUGCUUA